ACAUAUACAAACUCUAACUCUAACUCCCACACGAAUUCACUUAUACUUGCAUGCAAAUCGCAUAUAAAUUUGAUUGAAAGAUAUAUUUUAGAAAGGUACAAGACAGAACGGCAAUACAAGAUGAAAGCUCUUUUUUUAAUUGUUCUCUUCGUGGUUGGUGCUUCCGCAUACAGUAAACACAAUUUAACUUUGGUAGAAGUCGCAAAGAAAUAUGGCUUCAACACCAUCGUGGAACUGGGUGAAAGAGCUGGCUUAGCUCACAAACUUAACGAAUCAGGAGAAUGGACUGUCUUUGCACCAACCGAGCGGGCCUUUAGCGACAUGGGCCCUUUCUUUCUUGAUAUGCUGAGAAAUAAUAGCGCUACGCUAGAAGUCUUUCUCAAAUACCAUGUUGUACAAGGUAAAUUCAUGUACAAAGACCUUCAGAAAAAUGAUUUCGAAUUAACCUCCCUCGCUGGGAUAAAGAUCCGCGUGAACGUUUACCGAGCGAAUCAGAUUGUCACUAUUGAAGGGUGUCAACUAGUAAACGCCGACAACGUGGCCAGUAACGGUAUUUUACACAUCAUAAAUGAUGUAAUGCUUCCUCCUACAGACAACCUGUACGAAACGAUAAAGAGGAUUCCAAGAUAUUCCAUCAUGGCAUCUCUGCUUAAGAAGAGUAACUUGCACAAAGAAUUAGAGAUUGAAAAAGUCUCAAUGACUGAAGCCGUUCUGAUGCAGUACCACAUUGUUCGCGGAGUCCUGUGGAGAGCUGGAAUGCACACACAAUACGUGCCGACUCUUGCAAAAGGUGAAAGACUUCUCAUCAGAGAAAACAUUUUCGGUUUCAUCACAGUAGAAAAUGGCUACCUCGUCAACCGAGACAUUGGCGCAACAAACGGUGUGAUCCAUGAAGUAUCCCGCAUGUUGAAACCCAAGGAUGUAGAUUUAACCGUUAAAGGACAAUGGACUAUCUUUGCACCGACUGAUGAGGCCUUUGACGAAAUGGGUCAUUCCUUUCUUCAGGAGUUGAAAAACGAUUCUGUUGCCCUGGAAGCCUUUCUUAAAUACCAUGUUGUACAAGGCAUAUUUAUGUACAAAGACCUUCAGAAAAAUGAUAUGGAAUUAACUUCCGUAUCUGGGCCGAAGAUCCGUGUGAAUGUUUACCGAGUGAAACGGGCUGUCACUGUUGAAGGCUGUGAACUAGUAAGCGUCGACAAUGUGGCCACUAACGGUGUUCUACACAUCAUAGAUGAAGUGAUGCUUGCUCCAACCGACAACCUGUACAACACUAUACUCAACACUCCGAGAUAUUCCAUCAUGGCAGCUCUGCUUAAGAAGACCAACUUGCACAAAGAAUUAGAGAAUGGUCCCUACACUGUCUUCGUACCGAACAACGAUGCAUUUCACCAUUUCAGCAACAGCACUUUGCAGCGUAUCGAAAACGAUGGUGCCUUGGCCGAAGUUCUGAUGAAGUACCACAUUGUUCACGGAAUCCUGUGGAUGGCUGGAAUGCAUACAACAUACCUGCAAACUCUCGCAGAGGGUGACAAACUUCUCAUCACAGAAGGCUUUUUCGGUACCAUCAAAGUAGAGGGUGCCCGCAUCAUCAGCCGAGACAUUCCCGCAACGAACGGUGUCAUCCAUGAAAUAUCGAGAAUGUUGAAACCCAAGGAUGUAGAUUUAAUCAGUUAUCUAUUUGGAUUUGAGAACGUGGCCGAACAAGAGAUUGCUGGAACGUACACAAUCUUCGCCCCGAACAACCGAGCUAUAUCUGAAUUGAGUGCUGCUACAGUCGAAGCCUUGAAUAACGACACAGCUCGCCUUGAGGAGAUCAUCAAAUACCAUAUUGCGUUGGGAGUUUACAAGCAUUCUGACCUCAUCAAUGAUAAGACGCUGAGGUCUUUGCAAGACGAUGAAAUCAGAAUAAAUGUAUAUAAAUUUCAACAUAAAUUUAUUCUUUAUACAGUUCCGGAUCAAUUAUCCGGCAAGCUUGGGACCGGCAGUGUCCCGGAUUUCUGGAUAUGCCGGUUUUCUGGAGGCAGUCUCAAUAUGAACUUAGAAUAUAAAAUAAACUACGAAAAAUAUCUCGUUUUAGAUAAUUUACUGACGCUGUUCGCACCAAAUAACGCUGCUUUUCAGAAUCAACCCUCCAGUACCAUUCCCCAGAUUCAAGCUGAUCCAGCCUUAAAGGACGCAAUAAUAAAAUAUCAUACUGUGCGCGGAAUAUUGUGGACUCCAGGCAUGCGCACUGGUAAGCUGAGAACACUGUCCGAUGACGCUUCAGACCUACUAACUGUCAAACUGAAACAUUUUCAUGUCACAGUUCAAAAUGCCCAAAUCAUCAACCGUGACAUCUCUGCCAACAAUGGUGUCAUUCAUACCAUCGACACAGUCUUAUUCCCUCCAUCAAAAAGUGUCAUCGGUUAAAUACUGCCACAAUUAUUACUGAUACUGCAAUGGCUACAGCAACCAUCAAAAUAAAGCCAAGAACAACGCUACAGUCAAUAAAGAGGAGAGACAUGAAUAAAGGCAACAUUGUAAUAAUA